CCCACACGUAAUAAAACCCUUUUCCCCAAAUUCAAAACCCUCAAUUCGUGUCCAAAUUGAGAAUCUGAGAUCUAGGAGAACAAAUAACGAAAUCGAAUAUGGAUGCGCUUGAUUCAGUCUUCGAUCCACUGAGAGAUUUCGCCAAGGACAGCGUUCGUCUCGUCAAGCGAUGCCACAAGCCUGAUCGCAAAGAGUUCACCAAGGUAGCCACACGGACAGCCAUCGGGUUCGUCGUGAUGGGAUUCGUUGGUUUCUUCGUCAAGUUGAUUUUUAUCCCGAUCAACAAUAUUAUUGUGGGCGCUGCUUGAUUUAUUUCGCUUCCAGCUAUAGAAUGAGAACCCCGGUGAAGCAGAUUGGUUGCUCGGAUUUUAUUUGUCUGAUUUCAUUAUAUUGUAGAACUUCUUCUAAUCUUAUGCAUGAUGUCUUUUUCUCCAUUGUAAACACUUCCAAUACAUGAUUUUACUGUUUAUGUUACUACAUGUUUCGCAUC